AUUCUGCAACCAACUGUGUGGAAAAACGAAGCACCCUCUUGACUCUCCUAUUGAUAUCUAAAAGCUGAGAAGCAGAGAGACAUGGGGGAUAUGUACGGCUAUGGAAAGAGUAACGUUAUUCCCUCUUCUUCGUCUUCAACCUCACCUCCAGACGAAUUUUCCCUUUUUCUGCAUCAGAUUCUCCUCCCUCCUCCCUCCUCCUCCGACGCACCGCCACUGUCUUCCCUCCUCACCCACGUGCCUGAAAACGCACCCAACGCUUCCGAGCAUCAAAAUGCCAGCCUUUCAUACCCAUCUUCUCUUCUUCAAGAUGUAAUCUCAGGCGUUGAUUCUGCCUCUAAAAACCGUGCCUUUCUCUCAUCUUACGUGAAGGGGGGUUCUGCUGCAAAUGUGUCGUCCUCCUCGGUCGGAGUAAGCGAGAAUGAGACUGAUGAGUAUGAUUAUGACAGUGAGGAGGGUACGGUUGAAGCAAUGGUUCCAAAGUCAGUUCCUCCUAGGCGUUCAUCGAAGAGAAGCAGAGCUGCAGAAGUUCAUAACUUGUCUGAGAAGCGAAGGAGGAGUCGGAUCAACGAAAAGCUGAAGGCUUUGCAGAAUCUAAUUCCAAAUUCAAAUAAGACUGACAAGGCGUCGAUGCUUGAUGAAGCUAUUGAGUAUCUUAAACAGCUUCAGCUUCAAGUACAGAUGCUGUCUGUAAGAAACGGAUUGAAUUUGCUUCCUACGUGCUUCGCUGAAGGCUUGCAGCCUCUGCAACUGUCUCAGAUGAGAGUUGAGUAUGGCGAAGAAGAAGACGGGUCGUGUCCUUUAAACUUAACUACUACUAUGCCUCUUGACAAUGAAUCCAAUCUAUCUAACAAACGCACUGUGCCCUCUCAUUUAAAUAUAAUCAAUUCAGAAACACCUUUUGGGUUGGAUUCUCAAAUCAUAGGGCACCUUAGACCCUUUGAACUCAAAGCAUCAUCUUCUGAGCAGAUAUGCAGGGAGGACUUAUAUCAGCACAAACAAUUAAAUGCAGAAGAUUCAAAUACCAAUCCUAUGGGUGAUUCUCAGACUGUACGAGAAUUUGAGUCAGGUACGUUGGCUUCAGUAUCACUCGCCUUUGAUAAGCAAAACGACCGGAGUGAAGAAUUGAAAACAUGCAUUGCGGGAAGAGAUUAGCGAGAGAAGUCAUUUUAAGACAGAAUGAACACAACUUAAUUUUUAGGUUCAUACUUGUCAGUUAAGUAGUAGCUAAAAUGUGGUGCAUGGGAUCUGGAUCCAAGCAUAUAACAUUGAUUUACAUAUCAAGUGCAUUGGCCAUGUCUUAAAUUUUGUUUGUUUGAGACAGGAUCCAAUGACAAUGGACUUGUAGAAGAAUAUUCAAAAUCCAUAUUGUGAUGAUUACGAGAAUGAA